AAGAUUGGUUCGUUUCAUAACCGUGGUUUCCUUCAACGGUUUGCAACGGUUACCCGUUUGCGUUCAACUGUUUUUUUUUUGUUUGAGUAGAAGAACACGUGCGGAUAAUAGCAGCUAACCAGACAGCACAGCAUUUGUUUUGAGGUUUAUUUGGCUGUUGGACUGCAUAAAUCUCUGGUGAAGUUAAACGUCUUUAGCUUAGCUCCAUCAGCGCAGGCAGUGCCAGCGUAGCUAAGCUCGUUGGCAGCGGAAUCAGAACCUCGUAAGGAUGAGGAAGGAACCAGGCCCAGUUCAGAUUGUCACAGUCUCUAAGGAGGAUCACUCCUUUGCUUUGGACACGGAGGCUUUAGCCGAGGUUCUUUUAGCUCCUGAGGUCCGAGACAAACAUGUGGUGGUGCUGUCGGUGGCCGGAGCCUUCAGAAAGGGCAAGAGCUUCCUGCUCGACUUCAUGCUCCGCUACAUGUACAGGAAGGGCGAUGUGAACUGGCUUGGACAUGAUGAUGAGCUGCUGACGGGGUUUUCUUGGAGAGGAGGUUCAGAACCCGAGACGACAGGAAUCCAGCUGUGGAGCGAAGUUUUCCCUGUCCAAAAGAGUGAUGGGACAGAGGUGGCAGUGUUGUUGAUGGACACUCAGGGAGCCUUCGAUAAUGAGUCCACUGUGAAGGACUGUGCCACAAUCUUUGCCCUCAGCACCAUGACCAGCUCCAUACAGAUCUACAAUCUGUCCCAAAAUAUCCAGGAGGAUGAUCUGCAGCAGUUACAGCUGUUCACAGAGUAUGGCCGUCUCGCCAUGGAUGAGAUCUUUCUGAAGCCCUUUCAGUCUCUGAUGUUCCUGAUCAGGGAUUGGAGCUUUCCAUAUGAGUAUGUCUAUGGGUUUAAAGGAGGCAAUGAGUUCCUGGAAAAAAGACUACAGGUGAAAGAGGCCCAACAUGAGGAGCUGCAAACAGUGAGAGAGCACAUCCACUCCUGCUUCACCAAAAUUUCCUGCUUUCUGUUGCCUCACCCUGGACUGAAUGUCGCCACCUGCCCCUCUUUCCAGGGACAACUCAAAGAUGUGGCCCCGGAGUUCAGAGAGCAGCUGCAGAGCCUGAUCCCAAAACUUCUUCACCCGGAUCGUCUGUGUGAGAAAGAAAUCAACGGGAACAAAGUCACCUGUCGGGGUCUGCUCGAGUUCUUUAAGGCUUACAUCAAGAUUUACCAAGGAGAGGACUUACCAGAGCCAAAGACUAUGCUCCAGGCAACAGCAGAAGCCAACAACCUGGCAGCUGUGGCAGCAGCCAAAGAUCAGUAUUACAAGAACAUGGAGAAGGUGUGUGGGGGAGAUUUGCCGUAUGUGGCUCCUGAAUCUCUGGAGGAAAAACAUCACUUUAACUUCAAAGAGGCUGUCCACACCUUCUCCUCCACCAAGAAGAUGGGUGGACAGGAGUUUUGUGACCGUUACCUGGCUCAGUUGGAGAGCGAGCUAGAGGAAAUGUGGGCGUCAUUCAGCAAGCACAAUGAGUCCAAAAAUCUCUUCAGUGCUUUCCGGACACCGGCAGUGCUGUUCGUCCUGGUGUGCCUCCUCUACGUGCUGUCGGGUAUCCUUCUCUUUGUCGGCCUCUCUACCUUUGCCCUGGUGUGUGACUGCACCCUCGGCGUGGUCAUGAUGGCCAUGCUGACGUGGGCCUUCAUCCGCUACUCUGGUCGGUACCAGACUGUGGGAGGAGCCAUUGACCAGGCCGCGGGUGUCGUCCUGGAGCAGGCCACUGUGGUGUUGAACAAGUCAAGAGGAGCGAGCACCGUCGACCUGAAGAAAUCCAGUUAGAGGACCUCUGAACCUUCGUAAUCUUGAUACAAUGCAACCAGCACACACAAGCACACAUUCAGCACUUAAAGCCUUAUCAUGCCUCCCAUUGGAACUAAACAUGCAGCUAUACUACAUUGUUACAAGGUAAAAAUAUGAUGCCAACUCACCAGCAUCUUUAUUAUGCACAAUAAAUUCCAGGUUGAUGUUAAGGUGACUGGAUUUACUAACGCAGGGAGUCUAAGCAACCAAAUCCCUCUAAGACUUCAUGACUUUAAUUGAUACUGCCAUUAUUUUACAAGUUUACAAAAGGUCUCAAAGACGAGUCAGUGUUUACCUUUAAACUUACACAACACUUAAAUGUUUCCUCUUCAGCUGAGCAUAUCUAAACGUUGCUUUACAUCGUUCAGACAGGAGCAGUCAGGGUGAUUUUCAAACAGUGCUUCUGCAGUGUACCUUUACAUAACUACCUUGAAAACUGCUGGCUUUAAAGCUCAAACAUUUAUACAUGUUUCUUUGUGGCUAUAUUUUUUACUUUGUGGCCUUAAAGACAUUCCAUUCUGUUUGUUUUGCUUCAUAUUUCAUACAACUCUGCAUUUCUUAAAAGGUGAACUUUUACUGCUUUAAAGGAGGGCAGAAUACGCACUUUCUAAUUCGCUCAGUAGGUUUUGGUAGCUGAGUUUAGUUGAAGUUUAUUUGUUUCAGAUGCUUUGAGGUUUCUACUUCAUGGAGAUGUGUUACACUUUUUUAUAUUCGGAUAUUGUAUAGCACACCCUUUUAUGGAUAUCAUACAUGGGGACCUUUGGUGUGGACAUUUUUCCUACUCCAAAGAUAAAGCUUGAUUAAGGUACUCAGAGGUGUAGGGCGCUUGCCAAUAUGAUACUAGUAACCAGCCAGCCAAAGAGUUAGCAUUGAUCUUGCACUUAUACCCAUUUAGACAGAUCCAGUAAGAAACAAAAGUAUGCAGUGUAAACUUGAAGGUGCUUUUCCUACAAAAGUCUUAGCAAUGGAUUUCUGCAGAAAACACAGUUUAAUUGUAUGAUACAGAAAUUAGAAGCAGCUUAGAUAAAAUCAUAGGAAAUAAGCAGUAGAAGCCAAAAAUAGGACUAAGUAGAUUUUCUUCUUCAGGUCUUGUAAACUUUAAGAAUUGUAUUUUACAGAUUCUGGACCACUUUCACUCGUCUUAUUAUAAAUUAGAAAAGGAAGGCCUAAUAACACAUUAGAACCUCCAGGAACUAUUCCAUGAGGUCAUGCUUUAAGUGACUGUUCAUAGGCUUUUCAGCAUAGAUACUCACUCUGCAGAAAUGUUCGAGAGUAAUGUGCUGUAAAAAUUUAAUGUUGAUCUUUUUGAAAAAUAUGCUGUUUCUAGUUUAAAAAAGACAGGUAUUAAUAGCUUUGGUCCAGCUUGAAACUGAUUCAGAGAUUUGCUUUAGAUCACUUUUAUGUUGUAGUUAACACUACAUUUAACAAAAUUAUUUGCAGUGAGGGAAAAUAAAUCAUUUGGGCUGAUUUGCUUCCCAAAUCCCUGUUUAACUACAGCAAUUUAUCCAAUCAAAGUUUUCCCCAAACAAAUCACAGGGAUUUAGAAUGGUGGACUGCACGAUGGAUUUAUUAGGUUUUAUUUCUUCAUUGUGGAGGCCAAACAGGGCUUCUCAGGCUAACUCUGAAUGAAUCAGGCAGCUGAUUAUUUUCAUUCAUGACCUUCGUCACUAAAUAUGAUGAAAUGCCGGUUCUUAACAAACAUUUUAUGAAAGGAGUGACAUGGCAGGUUUGUAAAUCAGGCGUUUUAAACUACUAAAGAUCUGGUCACCCGAGUCUGAAAUUAGCAUCCUGUGUUCUGUAAUCAUUUUGUAUUGUGCAUUAAGACAUAGUCACUUUAUUGAAUUGCCUUAUUGUCUUUUAUAAAUAUGUUGUGGAAAGAAACACAAGAUGAUGUCCAUGUAGGCUGCCAUUUUUGUGCAGUGCAUCCUGGGUAGUUAUUUCAUCAGGCUGCAUUUUUUCUUGCUAUGUAGUUGUAUCCCAACACCUUUUUCAUUUUAAAACAAAGUGCAGUUCAGCACAGAGGACUUUAAAGAAGUAGUAUCUGUCAUGUAGAUUAAUGUGAGUAUGUUCAACAAGAUAUGGAAAGAAGAACAGUGCAGCCUGAUUACAGCACUACCCAGAAUGCAUUGCACAAAUGGCAGCCUACUUCAGAAAUUAUCCUUAGAAUUGUGCUUAAGUUAGUAAUGUAGUGUUUUUUGUGUAUACAACAUAUAAAAGACUUUGAGGUUAAUUUAAUGCACUUCUGAACAUGUAGGGCUCCUUUUAAAACACUCAAUGCAUUGACUUAAGGCUGUUUACCUUAGGGAUGCAUGAUAUUACCGGCAUGAUACCUGUAUUGGCAGAUAUGAACAUUUCUGGAGUUGUGAGGCUAGACCAACAGACCUACGUCAGCUGAAGCCUUUUUCUUUGUUCAUUCUUGUUCCUAAAACUCUAAAGUGUAUUCUAAAGACUGAAGUUUGUCUUUGUUCAUACUUCAACUUUAAAUUGUGUUUUUAGGACUGGAGUUUACAAUCUGAACUACAUUUAUAUAUUAGUUUGAUUUUGGUAUUGGUUAAAAUGACUUUGUAAAUAUUUACAUGUAUUAUAUCACCAAAAAAGACCAGAUCUUGCAUCCCCAUCUUAACCUUGUUUUAAUAUCACAGUGAUUCCACAAUACUGCAAGUCAUGACAAUACAGGGCCAAACCAGAAAUAAAAGUAAUCGGUGAUAACACUCCCUCUAUUUACAAAGUUUUUGACUUUCAUAUAAUAACACAUUCCAUGUCUGUCCUUUUCCACAAGAGGAGGAACCUUUAAGAUGUUUUACAAGCAUUUCUUUUGCACUUUCCCUCCUCUUUGGUGCUUUUUUUUGCACACAGCUCAUUCCAAAAUAAAUAAAGUGCAUGCAAUAUUGUAGUAACAGUAAUGUACUCAUGUCUUGCAGGGCUAUGGUGGCCUUGACUUGAGAAAUGCUGGUUUUAUAAAGAAUAAAAGAGCUUGAAACUGUUGAAUCUUUCAAA